AUGUUCCUCGAGUUGUCUUUCGACUCUACGGCUGGAGGCAAGGCAGUAUCUACAUCCAAGGCUUCUAGAAGCUGGCGAUAUGAUCACGAGGAUAAAGAGGAAAUGUCUCUUGAUGAGCUCGUCUCCGACUUCCAACAGAGUGCCACAAGCCAUCGAUCGAGGUUGAAUCAAACCAAACCAAGCUCCAACACCUCACCAGUGUUAGUAUCAUCCCCUCCAACGAGUCCACAAGCUAAAAAGAACUCUGGUCGUCUACGAGCUGUGAAAACGCAGCCUACGCCAAGAAAACCGAUCAGAUCUACAAUCCAAAACGCACAUCAUGACGACUCCAGCGACGAGGAAGUGGCAGUGUCCCCCAUGCCGCGGAUUGAGCAGGCUCUUCGAAACAGACCUUCACUCGUGAGUAAACGCUGCAGUGCCUGCUCUCCUGUGUCAACUCAAUUCAAGCCAACAACGUCUGCCCAUACUCAACGACGCAAGCCUGAGCCCAAGUCACCUGUCCUAUCAUCGCCAUCGUUUACUCCACCUUCGCUGUCUCCAGUCACAUCGUCACCGUCUCCGUCAUACGUGUCGGAGGAUAUCAACACUUCAUUAACACCAGACGAAGACUCCAUCGACGCGUUGAUUGGAAAAGAGAUCCGCGAUCUCAACGAGUUGAUCUCUACUGGCAGUCGAAUAAAGGCAAGCAAGGCUGCAAGAACAUCAACAACUGACGAACUAUCAAAUGUUUUUCGUCAGAGUACGCGCUUCGGGAAGACGCCGUCAAAAGGCCGUCGUCCUUCACUACGACUUGACGUCUCAAGAGGGAAAUUUAGAUCAUCGCCGGAGUCGCCCCCGCCGCCUCCACCCCCAGAGGAUUCAGAAGACGAUGAAGAUUCGUUCGCUGAGGAGAUACGGAAGCUCAGAGAGAGUCGUCGCCUAAGCUCGAUCACUUCUAAAGGACUUGAAUCAACGCCUCAACAACAAGAGGAGAAGGCUGAGAGCCCUGGGGUUUGUGUCGUGGCAGCAAUGAAAGUCCGCAAUGCGGCGAAUACUAUCAAUGAGUUGCUCUUAGAAGCACUAAAGCCGUUUGAAGGUAGAGAGAAGGAGGAAAAGAAAGAUGAUACACCCGAAGAGGACAAGACUGAAGACGAUGCAGCGAUCAGGAACGCCGCCAACGCUGAGCUCCAGUCUGCCACCCAAACGAUCGUAUCCCAACUGGAUCUAACGUUUGCAGACAUGACAGAGCGACGGAAAGCCGACGUGAAGGCCGAGGAAGACGCCGCUGCUGCGGCGAAAGAAGCGGAGAAGAAAGAGAAAGGAGCUGCGGAAGAAAAGAAGAAGGCCGAAGAGAAAGAGACAAAGGAGCGUGAAAUGGAGAUACUCCGGUUAAUACCUAUGCGUGGUAAACUACUAACGUGUUCAGCUGACAUUGAAAAUGUACUACAACAGCUCGAAAGAGUAGACAUAUCAACUCAACGUGAAUCUACAGUGGAAGCAGAGAUCAAAACAUUACGAAGCCUCACCGAGCGCAAAAUUCAAGAGAUCGAAGCAAAACUGUCAAUAGCGUCAUUCAAGGAGGAAAAAGACGACACAAAUGUUGAUAUUUCGUGGCGAAAUGUUGAUUGGGUCCAAAACAACCUCAAUAUCGAUCUUAUAACUUCGGAAAGGCAAGACAGUGGCAAGCCUCCUGAGGAAGCCGAAGAUAACGCAAUUGGCGUGGCGCCAGUAGAGAAUAGAGAUUCUUUCGAGGAAGUAGUUCAGCGACAAGUUGUAGAGAAGCUGGAUCUUACUAUGCUCAAACUUAGACACGUUCUAGCUAUUGAUACGAAGGAAACUGCCGAGGUGAAGGAGACACAACAACGAGAACAAGAAGAGCUAGAGCGGAAGCAACUGCACCAGCAAAUUGAAAAUGAGCGAGCGCAGCGUGAAAAGGAAGAUGCAGAGACUGCAAGGCGACGAGUGAUGGGUCUUACGUCCAUUGACGAUGUGGAAGGUUGGAUCGAUGAGGGACGAAGUCUCCAUGAUCAACUCUGGCACAACCAGUCUUUGAACCGCUUGGUGGCAUCUAUGGAGCAACGUAUGGGGCACAAAAUCAAAACGUGGACGAAUUUGAUCGUCUAG